CGGGAGGAGUGGGGAGAGCACGCCGGGCGGCGAUGGGGCGGAGAGAGUGAGCGAGUGGGAGACGAGGAGCGAAAGCGGCCCGUGCCGUGAUCGUGGCCGUGUCCGUACUGAGCCCGGGGCCGUGCCUCGCCGCGGGGAGGGAGCGACGCGAUGAUGCCGGGGCGGCGGCUGUGAGCGGCGGCCGCGAUGGGCUGCGGGGGCAGCCGGGCCGACGCCAUCGAGCCUCGCUACUACGAGAGCUGGACGCGGGAGACCGAGUCCACCUGGCUGACCAACACCGACUCCGAGAGCCCGCCGGAGCCCGGCGGCGCCGACCCCGGUAGCAGAGAGCUGGGCGCGGGGAGAGCCGGUAUUCUGGAGGAUGGCAAAUCAACUCAGAUGGGAGGAACCACAACGCCAGCCACCACAGGGAUUCUGAGCACUGAGAAGAGGACCAUCAGUGGGGCCCAGUGCGUGAACACCGCUGGAGCUGGGCCACCACGGCAGAGCAGCUUCCGAGCAGCAGAGGCAUGUAGAAAUCUUGGAUUUGCUGCUGAAGGCAUAGCACAAUGCAAUUGGCAGAGAUGCAGAAACAUGUACAUCUUGCCAAAGCAUGCACAAAGAGGAAAAUGGAAAGAGGAAAACACAUGAAUUAUGGAAUUAUGGAAAUGUCAGACCAUCGGAUUAAAUCCUGAUGCUAGUUAUGCCAAUGUAAAUCCAUGAAUACCUUUUUUUUUUUUAAUAUUAUAACAGAAAUUGUUCUCUGUUUUCUAUUAAAAACAGUAAUAUCUGUUUUUAAUAUAAAUUACUCUGUGGCUCUUGUUUGUACAGGAACAAAUACCUGCUUUUGAAGUGAAAAAUUAAGCUCCUAGACACUUGUUUUCAGUUCUUAUUCUGUGCUAGCUGUUAUGACAUAUGCAUGGAGACAGUAACAUCAGAUUUAUGCAUGUAAGAAUCAGGCUGAACAACUGUAUAUGAGUUACUCUAAUUGCAUUUCCAGUAGAAAUUGAGUUAAGUUAAACUGAAUUUGACCUUGUCUAUCCAUUUUGUAUUACUGACAUUUUGAAAAGGUCCCAGGAUCUGUCUCUGUUCCUUUGGUAUGGCACUUCCAUUGUCAUUCUGACCUCUAAAAACAGUGUUACAAUCCCUGAAUGUUUCUGUUCCCCUUGGGUGGCUUGGCCUGACCCCCUGAGUGCUAUCAACAUCUUUGGGCCCGUAUCAGCUAUAAGCCAAGAUCAGCUUCUCCACAGAGAUUGUUUUGCUCACUUUCAUUUCUCACCAUGAAAAUCAUCAGUCCUACUAUUUGAUACUGCUGAAGAGUUGGAUCAGACACAGAACCUCAUCCCAAAUGCAUCCCUAAUGCAGCCAUAAAAAAACAUGUUCUAGGAGAAUGUAUACUUCUAGCACACUGUGAUCUCAGCUGAACCUCUCAAGUGGUCAUUGGCCUGCUAGAAAACUGGAGAAAAGGAUCAGUGCAUGAAGAGACCAUUGGUGGCAAAUGGUGACUCACCAGUCAUUUUUGCCCAAAUGAGCCACUACAGGUAUAAAUGGAAUUUGCAGCACUGCAAGACUAAAGACAGGGCUCUUAGGCAGACUUGCAAGACAAUUAAAUUCAACAAUGAACUAUUGCAACGUCAUUGUCCUCUGCUACUGUGAGGAUGAUACUGCUAGUCAGGGAUAUCGUAUCAGUGUUUAUGAGCAUCUCUAUGGAAGGAAAUACUGUCAUCCCUAUCAUUCAAAGGCAGUUUGAGUCCUCUCAGGACAAAGAUGACCAUGCUGAUAAGGCUGCUGUUGGCAAGGAAGCCAGAGAGGUCUCCCAUGAUUCCUAAGCAUCUUUGCCUCACAGAAGAUAUUUAGGAUCCAAGAGGUGACAGUAUGAGUGCUCCCCAUUUUUCUCUGUAAAAGGGAAAGCUUUAGGGAUACUUACGAGCCAUUUUUUCAGUUUGGAAACCAAGACUGCAGGCCUUCAUGAACCAGCACUCUGUGAAGGGGAGAUCAGGAUUCCUGCCUUACAGUCACGCACAAAUCCCACCUUGUGUCUCAAGACUGUUUAAUUUUUCUAUUAAUUUAUGUGUCGCAUUUUGCUUUGUUUUGCAUUCAGAACACAUUUCAAGAUCCUUACGUUAGCCCCAAAUUAAGUUUGAUAUGAUUCAUCCCUAUCCAGCAAGCAGACUCUUGCCCAGCCUCCUGUGUCUGCCUUGCUCAGAGGAGAAAAGGUCUUCCUGGCCCUUCUCCUCUGCUUCUGAUCCUGCUGUCACAGAGAAGCCUGACCUUCACUCUUUACUUGUGGUCUUCCUUCUACUCAAUGCUUUGCUUUUUGGCUUUUGGCCUCCCUUUUCCACUUUGGGUUAAAUGUAAGCAAUUACAUGGCAAAAAGUCCAAGAAAGAAAAUAAAAGCGUACACAUGGAAACAAGAACACUUUGUAAACAACAAAAAAAAGUAAAAGUGUGUAACUGAAUAUGGCCAUCCUCUUCUCAGACUCCUCUUUUCUCAAAUUGUCAGUCAGUCACAGCUGACAAUAUCAGAAUUACUGAAAUUCUGCUAUGCUAGAUGAGAAGAAAAAUUUGGAUAUUAAGCAUAUUCAAACAACCGUAUUUCUGUGCUUAGAAUCAACUAAUGAAGCUUUUGUUGUUAUUGUUUAAGCCUCACUGAGGCUAUUGCUGCCACAUCCUUGAGUCUUUUCUUUCUCAGUUAUUAUUAGUUUUAUCCAUUACUAUUUUUUUUUAGUUCAACAGCUCUGCACAUUUUGUUUUUCUGUCCUAAUUUGUAUUCAGAAUGCUUUCACACUCAGAAUGUUGGCUCCAUAACAUUUUUUACAACUAAUCCUUGGAUGGAAAGGCUUCAUUUCUGGAUAUGAACAAGUGAUAUAACAGGUGAUCCCAAAUAACAAGGAUUAAAGAGACUGAGAAAAUCAGUUUCUGUAAUUCAUAAGUGAUAUAACAGUGGCUAUCAGCACUAUCUCCCAGGACAUGGUAUAACUGGAGUAUAUUUCACAAAUCCUAGUUUAAAGCAGUAAUGCUGACACCAGUCCUGGAUUGCACUGGAUUUUAUUAACAAAAAAAAAUUAGUUAUUAUGUGGCUACAGUUACCCCAGGAUCUGAAGUGUUACUCAUUUUUAUGUUCUGCAUUGAUCUUAGACAAAACUCUACAUCUCAGCUGAAAAUGUAUUCAGUAUUCUUCAUGCUUCUAUUGUAUUCUAUAUAGAUAUUCUAUAUAUAUAAUAUUCUAUUCUAUUCUAUUCAUGUUUCUAUUUUGUAAUAGUGCAGGAGUACCUGUGGAGAAGAUCAAUUUGUGAUUUCUGAUAUUAAAACUACAAGAGUAAAAUAAUUUCAUUAUUAUAAAAAAGAUUAAAAUGAUAGAUUUUAAUAAAAAGCAAUAUAUAAAGAAGAUGGAUACAGGGAUCUUGAUUUUUUUACUUGAUUUUUAAACAUUAACUUUAUCCCAUAGAAUUGAAGAAUUUGGGAAGUCACUGCAGAGCUGUGUUGUUAUUAUGGGAUGACAACACACACCAUCUGGGCAUGGGAUGGAUGUAAUUAUCAAUACCUGGCAUGGUGCUAUAAAUGCUCCUUAGUUUGCUUUCAGUGUGUUAGGCUCAAGGUGAACCUUCAGAAUCACCUUGAAGUAAUUAGUGCCUGAAAUCCAAAAGCUUGGAUUAAGCCUGAAAAGUUGUUUUGUUGUAUCCCUGACAUUCUCAUGUUUCAAAAAGUCUGUUAAACUAUGAGCAUAAAAUGCAGCAUUUGAAAUCCAUGCAAGGCAAUUGUUCUUUGAUAACUGCAUAUCACAUAGACGGGACAGAUUGAUUCAAGUUAUUUCACCAGUAUAUGUUUUUUUUUGAGGUAAGAAAGAAUAAAACUGCAGCACACACUCUUAAGUCAGUAUUUGCUAUUUUAUAGUUGGUGACUUCACUACCUUUCUGGUCUACUGUAGCAAAGUUUUUGGCUCCUAUCAAUGUUAGCCACUGGAAAUGACUCAUGCCCGGUAGCUCUGAUUUCCUUUCCCUCAGCCUUUGUGACAUUCUCCAGAGUACAGAAUGAGAUAAGAGGAAUUGCUCUGUGGAAAACACCCACCAUUGCUGCUACUGUUAAUGUCACCCUAACAGAUAAGUCUCAGCUUUAGCAGGAGCGAAGUCUGCUAAAAGUCCACGAGGAACAAAAUCUCCUUGAUCAUUCUCAGAAAAAAAAGAUCUCUUUAAAGGUGUAUUUCCUGUUUACUUUGCAUUGUGCUGAGAAUCUGAGGCUAGGUGAGGUAACCUGUUAGGAAAGGAAUAAUAUUAGCAUAAUCACUGUUUUAUUAAAGCAACGCAGUGGAUGCACGGUGUUGUCAUUUACAGACAAAUGAAGGAUGAGAUGUUUCUAGCAUAAAGGAAAUCAACAUCUCCUUAUGCGUGGCCUGUUUGGGUGCCACAAACCACACAGCCAUAAUGUUUGGAAGGACUGAAGUCAAGAUAGGUCAUACUUUGUUCAGGGGACAAAUUGACAUGGGUUCCAAGCAGCCAGCACUUGGCAAUGCACAAACCUUCUGCUGUUCUCACAAUGCUUCCUUUUCUGGUUUUCAUGGUUGCUGCUGGGAGGGGGGGUGGGGGGGUGAUGCACACCCAGCUUAAAGGCUUUAUGAGGAGGAAAUCAGUGUUACAAAGGAAGGUUUAAUCUGACUGAGCUGGAUGUGAUUGGAGAAGUGCUCAGAAGGCAUCAAUUGAUCAAAGGCUGGAUUUACCAAAGAACUCUGAAAUUACUGUAAAACACUUAUGUGCUCUUUCUAAGCCUUUCUCAUCAGUCUAUGUGUUCAAUUAAAUGACUUAGGAAACACAUUCUGCCCAUAAAUGGAAAGAUU